GGUUGAGGGCAAAUCAAAUCGGGAUCGUGCAUUGCGAGGUAGCGAUCGUCAGGUGGACGGGGGUCUAUUUUAGCGAGCCAUUCACAUGAUACUUUGAAUGCAUACAACUUUUACUAAUGACCAUAAAGUGCUUUUCCUUUUCCGGACUCCUCACUGCUCUGUCUGAUUUCUUCACGCCUUCGAGGUACUGAAAGCUGCAGCCAUGUCUGAGGGACCGAAAAAAAGUAAAUACUCGGCUACGCGCCGCCUGCAGCUGAAGUCCAAACUCCUGAAGAAGGCAGCCUCUAUGCUGGUCGUUGAAGGUGAGCAGAAGAAGCAGGAGAAAGAAAGAGUUGUCAAAGAGAGCUUCCCUCCUCUGCAGCUGUCAGGUCUGUCAGUCCAGGAGCUCCAGGACCUCUGCAAACAGCUACACAGUAAGGUGGACGUCGUGGACGAGGCGCGUUACGACCUGGAGGUCAAAGUAGUCAAGAAUGAGACGGAGAUCGAGUCCCUGAGGCAGAAGGUCAUUUCGCUAAAGGGUGCAAAGAGGCCCAGCUUGAAGAGGGUGAAGAAAACAACGGAGGACGUGCUGGGCGCCUUCAGCGACUCCUCCAAACUCAUGAAGGCUGACUUCAAGGCCAACCUCAAGACAGUGAAGAAAGACGAGGAAAAGAGGGAAGAGGUGACGGACUGGCGUAAAAACGUGGAGGCCAUGUCCGGCAUGGAGGGCAGGAAGAAACUCUUUAACGCCGGGCAAUAAAAAAACAACUCAAGAUAAACUAAGAUAUGCUGGUGUCACAUAAUAUUUG